CAAAGUUAUUACCGGAAGUGUUUUUUUCCAGGCUCACGCUGUUAAGGAAAGCUGCUGCUUCUGCUGCCACAUUAGCCACAUCCUCCUGGAUUCUGAAGUAAACCAGCAGACAUGAAAAAACAAGAUACAGAGGAGUGUGCCACUCAGGGCAGUGAGGAUUCUCCACCUGCAGCAGAAGGCAUGGAGUCGCCCACAGCUGCAAAAGACAGAUCGGACAGCAACAGCCCCAAAGAGUCUGAACCACUAACACCGCAGACGGACACACCUCCCCAGGGUGAAGAGGCAGCAAGUGAAGUCGCAGAAGCGACGCGGUCUCGGUGUGACAUGGCCGAGGAGCUGAGCCGACAGCUCGAGGACAUCCUGAGCACAUACUGCCGGGAAGCCAGUGCCCUGCCUAAUGGCAAGUUGCUUAGCCCAGAGCUCAAUGGUCUGACGGGUGACGACAAGGCAGAGGAGGGCAAAGUCAAUGGAGGUGAAAAUGGGACGGAGAAGGAGCAAAAAAAGACUCAGGAGAAGAAGAAAGUGAAGGGUCUGGGUAAGGAAAUCACCCUCCUCAUGCAAACUCUCAACACCCUGAGCACACCAGAGGAGAAGCUUGCAGGCCUCUGUAAGAAAUAUGCAGAACUGCUGGAAGAGCAUCGCAACACCCAGAAACAGAUGAGAGUGCUGCAGAAGAAGCAGAGCCAGCUGGUGCAGGAGAAAGACAAUCUGAGGAAUGAACACAGCAAGGCCAUCCUGGCCCGAAGCAAACUGGAGAGCCUCUGCAGGGAGCUGCAGAGACACAACCGCACGCUCAAGGAGGAAGGGAUGCAGAGAACGCGUCUGGAGGAGGAGAAAAGGAAGGAGGUGACUUCUCAUUUCCAGGUGACACUGAACGACAUCCAGACUCAGAUGGAGCAGCACAACGAAAGAAACGCCAGCCUCAGACAAGAGAACACGGAGCUGGCUGAGAAACUGAAGAAGCUGUAUGAGCAGUACAAGCUGCGGGAGGAGCACAUAGACAAAGUGGUGAAGCACAAAGACCUGCAGCAACAGCUGGUGGACGCCAAGCUGCACCAGGCUCAGGAGCUGCUGAAGGAGUCGGAGGAGCGCCACGACAAAGAGAAAGACUUUCUCCUGAAAGAAGCCGUGGAGUCUCAAAGGAUGUGUGAGCUGAUGAAGCAGCAGGAAGUUCACCUCAAACAGCAGCUGUCACUGUACACAGAGAAGUUUGAAGAGUUCCAGACCACUUUGUCCAAAAGCAACGAAGUCUUUACCACGUUCAAACAGGAGAUGGAGAAGAUGACCAAAAAGAUAAAGAAGCUGGAGAAGGAGACGGCCAUGUAUCGAUCCAGGUGGGAGAGCAGCAACAAGACACUUCUGGACAUGGCAGAGGAGAAAGCUGUGCGGGACCGGGAGUUUGAGGCACUUCAGGGUAAAGUCCAGAGGCUGGAGAAGCUGCGGCGGGCGCUCAAAGUCGAACGGAAUGAGCUCAACAAGAAGGUCCAGAACCUUAGUGGUCAGCCGGGUGGCACCACAGGAGCCCCGACCUCAGACCCAGGGACCGACUCCCCCUCUCCACCACCUACAGACUCUCUGCCGGAGCCCAGUGCCUGUGCUGUCCUAGACACCACUCCCUGCUCCCACUCUUGCCACUGUGACCCAGAACAGGACACAAACGCCCUGCUGGAAGAGGCAAACGUUCAGCCCGUCACCACACAGGAAUGAAUUUAAAUCACUCAAAAUGUACCCCCACCCCCCCACCCCCCAGAAAAAAGCCACCAUCCUGCUAGUUGAUCCUCCUCCCCUAAAAGAAACUGGUGUUAAAACUGGUCCAAGAGUAGAUCAGACAAGGACAGAUUUAACAGGUGUCCUCCUCGUGUCCUAUGCAGGCUUUCACAGCGAGAUGAGACGACUGUGCCUCAUCCGUCUGCACAUUUACAUGCACAUUACAAAUCAAUUACUGUGAAUGUUGGAAGUAAAAGGAGACGUUAAUUUGCAAUACUGUAAGAGAAUCAACCACUAUAAUCAAGAUUUUCAUCAAGAAAGCUAAGCAGCCUAAAGGAAACCGCUUACCUGCAUAGCAGAGACGGGGCCAAGGAACAAAUCAUACUCAUUCUGUUGUAUACAUAUCAUUGAAAUUAAAAAAACAAAACAUUAA